CAACAAGUGAAAGCUGCAGAGUGUCAAUUUAAAGCUCGAGUUUGCAGAAGACAACAAGACAACUAUUCUGUUCAUCUAACUAGAACUAAGAUUUCACAUUCCACAGUUGCUAUUGACACUGCAGAACUAUCAACAGGAACAAAGCUAGAGGAUUUAAAGAUUGUUUCUGCUGUGAUGAAUACCUUUCACUUUCUCUCCAUUCUUUGCUAUGGACUUUUAUUAUUUAAGGUUAGCAAUGGUUGGACAUACCACGCAUCAGAGGAAAAUAUGAAUUACACCAAAGCAGAGAAAUGGUGUAAAACCCAUUUCACAAACCUGGUUGCUAUUCAGAAUAAAGAGGAAAUUCACUACUUAAAUGCAACAUUUCCUAGAAAUUCAAAAUAUUACUGGAUUGGUAUCCGAAAAAUUGAGAAUGAAUGGAGAUGGAUUGGAACAAACAAGCAACUGACAGAAGAAGCUAAAAACUGGGCUGACGGUGAACCAAACAAUGGAAAAACGAAUGAGGACUGUGUCGAGAUCUAUAUAAAACGAACAAAAGAUUCAGGAAAGUGGAAUGAUGAACCAUGUUAUAAAACUAAAAGAGCUUUGUGCUAUAAUGCUUCUUGUACUCCAAAUUCCUGCAGUGGUCGUGGGGAAUGUAUUGAGACAAUUAACAAUUACACCUGCCAGUGCAACAAAGGGUUCUAUGGACGUGACUGUGAACAUGUAAUUUCUUGCAAUCAACUGGAAGACCCAGAUCAAGGUAUCUUUAUGUGCAAACAUCCAAUACAGGAUUUUGGCUUUAAUUCUUCUUGUGAUGUUCAAUGCAAGGAAGGUUACAAACCAACUGAGAUGGAAUCAAUAACAUGUACAGAUUCUGGAAAAUGGUCUGCACCAUCUCCAUUCUGUAAAGUUGUGGAAUGUCAUGCACUACAGAAGCCUGCACAUGGUUUAUUCAACUGCUCCAACCCUUCUGGAAAUUAUGCCUGGAAUUCAUCUUGCAAUUUUUCUUGCAAAGAAGGUUUCGUUUUGAAAGGCCCCAGUAUACUCCAGUGUGGUGCAUCUGGGGAAUGGGAUGGACAGGAGCCUACAUGCGAAGUGGUGAAAUGUCAAGCAGUACGUCAGUCAGAAGGAAGCCUUAUGAAUUGUUCCCAUAAUGCUACAGAACUGAAGUAUAAAUCAACCUGUGAUUUUGCUUGUGCAAAGGGUUACACUUUAAGAGGAUCACCCCAGAUUCAGUGCUUAUCAGAUGGACACUGGAGUCAGCCAAUUCCUGUUUGUGAAGAUUCUCCAGCCCUUGGGAAAUUCUUAGCAAUUGGUACAUCAGUCACUGGGCUUUCUGUCCUAUCAGUGGUAUCAUUCAUUAUCUGGGUCCAAAAGCGUCUUCAAGGAAAAAAAAAAUCAUUCACUUUUACAAGCAGUGUCUCAAGCCUUGAUUCAGAAGGCAGUUUCCAAGCUCAAAUCGUUUAAUCAAGUAGUAAAUGUGGACGACUCUGAAAUGAUAUCCAGCCACUCAUGGACUAAGAUAAGUCGCCUUUGGAGAAGUCUUUCCACCAUGGAUAAUGGGAGGUUCCUUGAGGACAAUGAUUUGAGAAGAAACAUCCUGUCCUACCACAACAAUCCUGUUCCAAUGCUGGCAACAUAUCAAGGAAGAAUAGAAGCCAUCCAAGCAGCAUGGCAUAUGUUCCAGCCUUGUGCACAGUCCACCUUCUGUCCUUGAUAUUUUGAGCUCUGAUAGCUCCCUUCCAUUUCUGCAAAUCUAGAACAAAGAUAUUGGCAAUUUAUGCUUCUUUAUAAAUGAUACUUUUGACAUAUUGAAAAUGGUUAAAGGUGGAAGUAUCAUUUUCAUGUAGAAUUGCACAUUUUGUCUUUUGUGGCCAUGUUUCAAGAAGAGACCUCACAAUUCUUAGUCAUCAGGGAGUAUUUAAGUAUCGUGGUACAUUUAUCUACAAUACCUCUAGGGAACAGUUCAGUUUCAACAUAGAAAAGGGAGA